UCUCUCUCUCUCUCUCUCUCUCUUAGAAUCUUCAAGUUGAGAUUAUGAACAAGAACUGAUUAUUCCAAAGAAUAUAUCAGAAAUGAAACGAUGGAGUGAUAGGAGUGAUCUACACCAAAUCUUUUGCAACGAUUCUUCUUCUUUUGCCCUUCAAGAUUCGAGAUGGCGACCGCCAAAGAAAAAAUCUACCUUCAAGAUCGUGGUGUUUCUCUUCUUCUUCCUAUUCUUUAUUGGCCUCUUUGUUCGUUUCACAUCGACCAACACGCCAAUGUUUUGGAGGGGGAAACGGAAAUUUCCACAAUCCACAAACCACUCCACGGAGGACCACCGGCAGAAUCCCGACCGUGCGUGGAGCGCCACGUGCCCGCCCCACUUCCGUUGGAUCCACGAAGAUCUACGGCCGUGGAGAGAGACGGGGAUCACGAGGGAGAUGGUGGAGCGGGCCCGGAAAACGGCCCAUUUCCGGGUAGUGAUCCUGGACGGGCGGGUGUACGUGGAGAAAUACAGGGGGUCAAUCCAGACCAGAGAUCUGUUCACGAUGUGGGGAUUUUUGCAGCUUCUCAGAUGGUACCCUCGAAAAUUGCCUGAUCUUGAACUGAUGUUUGACUGUGAUGAUCGCCCCGUCGUCCGAUCUGCUGACUUUUCAGGUCAACGCGGGGGCCCACCUCCGCUGUUCCGCUACUGCUCGGACGAGUCCAGUUUGGAUAUCGUGUUCCCUGAUUGGUCCUUCUGGGGAUGGGCGGAAAUAAACAUAAAGCCUUGGAGAAGGGUGUUGGAGGACAUAAAAGAAGGGAACAAAAGAAGCAAAUGGAAGGACAGGGUGCCCUUAGCUUAUUGGAAAGGGAACCCUCAUGUGGAUCCCAAUAGAAGAGACCUUCUCAAAUGCAAUCUCACUCAUCAACAAAAUUGGGACACUCUCCUAUAUAUUCAGGAUUGGGAUAAGGAAUCCAAAGCAGGAUACAAGCAAUCGAAUCUAGAAGAUCAAUGUACACACAGGUACAAGAUAUACAUAGAAGGAUGGGCGUGGUCGGUGAGCGAGAAGUACAUAAUGGCAUGCGACGCGGUGACGCUUUAUGUGAAGCCUCGCUAUUUUGAUUUCUUCAUAAGGGGAAUGGUUCCUUUGGAGCACUUUUGGCCCAUCACAGACCAAUCAAAAUGCUCCUCCCUCAAGUUUGCUGUCCAAUGGGGCAACAAUCACACUAAUAAGGCAGAAGAAAUAGGAGAAGAAGGAAGCAAUUACUUGCAAAAGAAUCUAAAGAUGGAACUCGUAUAUGAUUACAUGUUCCAUCUUCUGAACGAAUACAGUAAGCUUCUGAAAUUCCGGCCGGUGGUCCCCGCCGGCGCGGUGGAGUUGAGGCCGGAGACGAUGACCGGCGCCGUCGCCGGAUUGCACAAGAAAUUCAUGGAGGAUUCGUUGGAGAUGUCUCCCAGCGAUUCAGAGCCGUGCGAUCUGCCGCCUCAUGAUCCGACGGUUCUCAAGGAGUCUCAGGAGAAGAAACUAAAUGCCCUCAGGCAAGUUGAAAUUUGGGAAAAGGAAUAUUGGGAAAGCCAGAGGAAGGAGCAUUAGCUAUAAAUUAUAAUUUAUAAUGCAUUCAUCUGUUAUAUUAUAUUAAUUACACAUUUUGAUCCUUUUUUUU